CGUAUUUGUUUACAUUCUUGAAAUUGGCAAUAAUAGAAUAAUAUAAUAAAUUAAUCACACCUUGGGACACAAUGUUGCGAAACCUAACCCGGGAUACCGCCAGAGAGCAUUGCCGCACCUGUCUGCUCAAGCUGGACGGAGGGCACGGCGCAGAAGGCUUCCAAUCAGACGAGGUUCCAAUCAGCCCGGAGCUGCAACAGUUGCUUCAUAUAAAUCUUUUGCUGGACCAAAAGAAUGCAGAGGAGGAACAGCCGUGGUGGCCUCGGGAACUUUGCCCGGAAUGCCUCGACUUGAUCCAAAAGUUCGAGUGGUUCCGCACCAGAGCGGAAGAAUGCCACCAACGGUUGCUGCAGAUCUUCAAAAAGGAGGCGGAUGAGGAGCAAGAGCCGUCUUUCGAGGUGGUUUACGAGGAUCUAGACACUCUGAACCACAACCAGGAGUCGCUGCACAGCCUGGAGCCACCGGAGCCCGAUCCUGAUCCCGAUCCCAUAGAUGAGCCAGCCGCAAAGCCCAAUAAGUGCGCAAGAAGUGCGAGAAACAGCCUCAAGUGCCCGGUGUGCCAGCACAGCUUUGCCCACCAACUCACCCUGGCGGCCCACAUCCGGAAGGUGCACGAGGGUAGCAAGCGACCCUUCCAGUGCGAUCAAUGCGAGAAGGCCUACAGCUUCAUGGGUGGCCUGUACACACACAUUCGCGAGGUGCACACGCCACUGGAGCGGCGGCAUCCCUGCGACCAGCCGGGCUGCGAACGGGUCUACACCAGUCGCAUAGCCAUGCAGAAGCACAAGCGGUUGAAGCACAGUCCGCGGGAGCGGGACAGCGUUCCGCGCAAGUUCAUCUGCGAGCAGUGUGGCGCCAGCUUCAAUCAGUCGGCCAAUCUCAAGUAUCAUCGCCGAACAAAGCAUCCGACGGAGGACGAACUGGCGGCCAAGGAAGGCGGCAGCGGGGAACGUCACUACUGCGACAUCUGUCAGAAAGAGUUCCAUUCGCGCUACACUCUGCGCUAUCACACGCUACAGCAGCAUGCCACCGCUAACGAGGAUGGGAGCCGCCAGGACGUGCUGCCGCAUGAGUGCCAGGUCUGCGGACGCCGGAUGGCGAAAAAGUUCAUGCUACUGCAGCACAUGCUGAUGCAUUCCAGCGACAAGCUGCCCUGCGAGCACUGCGGUCGACGUUUCGCCCGUCGCUUCGAACUGGAGGCCCACGUUCGGGCGGUCCACCUCAAGCUCAAGCCCUUCGCCUGCCGCCACUGUCCGGAGAGCUUUGCAUCCCGCAAAACGCUGCGACACCACGAGUACAUCCACACGGGCGAAAAGCCGUAUGUGUGCGGCACCUGCGGCCAGGCCUUCCGGCAGCAAACGUGCCUCAAAAACCACCGCAAGGUGCACGACAAGUAG